AAACAGUCAGAAAGUAUAAAAUGGUAAUUUAUAUCAGAUUACAAUAUAUUUCGCCCGAAACAAAUUAAAUUUAAUAAUAUUGUGUUUGUUCAAGUAGCAAUAUAGCAUCGUUGAACAACUUUAUUACACAGUCAGAUACGGGUCAGAGACCAGCCCUUCACAUAAAUAAUAGAUUAAAGCUGCAGCUGGAAAAACUUUUUAGUGACAGCCCAAACCCUUACUCAAAUCCUAAUGGACUUAAUAGGAUGAAUAAUCUACUAAAGUUAAAAGUACCUACUCCUGAUUUGAAAGGCUCCAAAAUAAGGAGUGGUUUUGUCGAUCACUUUACCACAAAACCAAGUAAAAGUCAAUCAAAAGAAAUUAGAAAUUUACUUGAGCCCCCCAAAUCAAAUUUGUUGGAAAAGGCAACAAAGAACGUCGAAACGAAUGAACUUUUUGCUUCAAAUGAUAAAUCUUGUAGUACCGAUAACAAUUUUAUGACUACCCAUAAUCCUGCUUAUAUGCUCUGUUUUCUGAUAACAUAUCUGCACAAUUUCAACAAGUUAUUAGAGGAAAAACUACAAUGUCUCUUUAGAAAUGAUUGGCAGAAAAAAAAUAUGUGGUAUGGUGUCUCUGUUGACAAGAAUCUGUUAGAUACUGUAUUCGGGUCAAAGAAAAACCUGAAGAAAUUGUUCAUUGCAAGUGGUAUUAUCCGUAAGGAUGACAAUCUUCGGAAAUCUGAAUUCUGUAUUCGUGGUGAAGAGAUUCUACCAGCUAUUCAACAAAAGCUAGGAGACUUGGAGUUUAAGAUGAAAUCAUACUUUGUGGUAGCACACGUAUUUUCAAAGCAUAUUCAACUCACUUUGCACCAAGUCGUCAAACUGGCUACAUCCAAAAAGGAUGCUUCAACUAUUGUUAUCCAUGAAAAAAUAAUAUCCAUCGAUGAUGUAUAUGAUAGCCUAUGCAAAGAAAUUUGGAAAAGCAUAAAUUACGGCGACCAAAUCAAUUACUGCGCAACACACUUGCAUGAUAAACACGAAGAAAAUGGUUUGGGAUCAUUUGAAACAUACAGCACUGUUCGUCAAAAACUAAAGCUGCUUGUAGUUAAACUCUUAUCAGAGAACAAAACAAGUUUAGACAUGGAUUCUAAAAAAGAGUUAAGCAUCAACGACAAAUGCACAUGUAGCAUCAAUAUUUUUCUUCGUGAUAUUAUUGAAGUAGGAAUGAAGUCAGUUAUCAAUUGUACGUCAACUAUCACGGUGGCUUCAUUAACAAACAAAGAGCUAUUUGGAAAUUAUGAAGUAGAUUAUCUUUUCAUGCUUGGAGAUCCGUUUCAUCUGUCUCAUGGCUCACUGAUUUACGACGCAUACUCUAUGAUAACUCAGCAAGUGAUCGGUGAAAGUGUCCAUUUAAAAGAAAGAAAUGUACUUCCAUUCAUACUAAGAGAAUCCAUUUUAAAGCUACUGGAAGCUGUUACACAAAUAAAGCCAUACAUGUACGAAAGGUUUAUCACUGGAAUAUUAUGCCAGGUAUCAAAUCAAACAUUCGCAGUUAGGUUUCCAUCAAUUUAUACAGGAAAAUAUUACCCGUUUUUCCGUAUAAACAGUAGCGACGAUGUUAAGAAUACCAUACAGAACGACGGUAAAUACUUGGUAUUUAUUCAAAAGGGAAAACCGAUUCCCACAACAGGAUCAAUGAUAAAAAUGAUGGUUGACUCUGUAGAUAGACCAUGGACAGAAAUCAUUAAAGUGAAGCAUUCGAGUGACGCUCUGUUAGUAAAGUAUACCCUUCUGGACGAAAAAUCUCAAACUUCAAAGUACCGAAUGCGUCCCAAAGGCCAAGAAAGUUCAGCCCAAAAAUUAAUAAUAGAGUGUAAGCAUCUCAACUAUAAUAACUCUGUUCAAUUGUCUGUAAGAAUGAUGGGAAGUGAUGUCAGCUACAAUAAGUCGUCAUAUAAAGAUAUUUUGAUUAUCGGAGAGCCGUUAACACUCGCUUAUACUUGAGCCGUAAUAAAACCUUGACUUUUUAUUUUU